AUGGGGGCGCUACAGGUACAAGGUGGCUCCACAGGGAUUCCUGGCCAGCGUGAUGCCUACAACCAGCGCUUCGAUGCCAUCAUCACUAACUUCCGAGACAAGGUCAAAUGUGUGGACGAUACCUGUAUGUGGACAAAUUCAGUCGAAACAGCGUUCUUUCAGGCAUGUGAAUGGCUUGACCUGUGUGCGCGCAAUGGCAUCACUCUGCACCCAGGGAAAUUUCAAUUUGCCCAGGACACUGUUGACUUUGCAGGACUUACGAUCACACCGACAAACGUACGGCCCAGUACCAAGUUCCUGGAUGCCAUCAGAAACUUCCCUACUCCAACUGAUAUCACCGGUGCCAGAGCUUGGUUCGGACUUAUCAACCAGGGGGCGUAUGCAUUCGCAAUGACGCGGCAGAUGCAGCCCUUUCGCGCUCUACUGAAACCCUCCACAAAAUUCUUGUGGACAGAUGAGCUGGACGAGUUGUUCCGCCAAUCCAAGGAGGUCAUCAUCCAGGAGAUGAAAGAAGGAGUGCGCCUAUUCGACCCCGCUCGACUGACAUGCCUUGCCACUGACUGGUCAGUUGAUGGCAUUGGGUUCUUCAUGAUGCAGAAGUACUGCCAGUGCACUACCCGAACCCUGUCUGUUGCCAUGACGGCUGGAAACUCUGUCUGGUCGGCAGCAGAUUCACACACCCCGCAGAAAAUCCUGAAUGAUAGGUCGCUCACCGACAUUGACAACAGGCGACUCCUCAACCUCAAAGAGAAAACUCUGGGAUAUCGGUUCACAAUCGUGCAUGUGUCUGGCAAAAAGAACCUGGGCCCAGAUGCCGCUUCUAGACACCCUGUCAGUCAGCCCGAUCGCCUACGCCUGCCAGGUGAGCCAUCAGAACUUGACCUACUUGCCAACAUGACUGUGUCCCGUCACGACACCCUGGCCAACCUUUGUCAGCAUACAGAGGAUACUGAUAUGGCUGAUGACAUGUCCACAGUCGCCCGCCGCGACACCAGUCUGAAUGCUGCUAUCACAGUCGUUACGUGGGACAUGGUCCGUGAGGCCAGCAUCACAGGUCGACACACUUGUCAACCUCAUCCACUGGAGUCUGGGUUUCCACUGGAUUGCAGAGAGCUGCCCACAGACCUGCGUCCUUAUCACCGCUACGCAGCCAGCCUGUGUGUUGUUGAUGGUGUGAUACUCAUGGGCCAGCGAAUUGUAAUCCCGCCUGCGCUUCGCACACAAAUACUCAACGCACUCCACGCUGCCCACCAAGGGGUCAGCGCGAUGCGUGCACGGGCCAUGGACUCGGUGUAUUGGCCGGAUAUCACCGUUGACAUUGCUAGAGUGAGGGACCAGUGUGCACACUGCCAUCAGACGGCCAAGUCCAACCCGAUGCAGCCCCCUUCCGACAUAACACCGCCAGACUACCCUUUUCAGAUGAUCUGCAGUGACUACCUUACGUAUAACAGCAAAGACUAUGUAGUAAUUGUGGAUAGGUAUUCAAACUGGCCCAUGGUCUACAGGUCAGAUUCGGGUGCUGAGGGCCUCGUCAAGCGACUGCGUGAGACAUUUGUGACAUUCGGCAUCCCUGAAGAGUUGACAUCUGAUGGGGGUCCACAGUUCAAGGCAGGAAAGACACAGGAAUUCUUGAAGGCAUGGGGGGUUAGACACAGGGUCUCAUCCGUUGCAAACCCACAUGCUAACUGCAGGGCUGAACUGGCUGUGAAAACGGUGAAACGCAUGCUCAUGGAUAACAUUACCGCAGCAGGGUCCCUCGAUGUCGACAAGUUCCAGAGAGCAUUACUGAUGUACAGGAACUCUGUCGACCCAGAGACGAAGUCCUCUCCGGCACUGAUCUUAUUCGGGCGACCCAUCCGUGAUGCCAUCCCUAUCCCGCUGGGCAGAUAUUCUCCCCACGAAACAUGGACAGAGCUGAUGUCCCAUCGAGAGAUGGCACUCGCUCGACGGCACUCCAGGGAGCAUGUGAACGGUGGAAUGAAACACUCACGGUUACCAGCACUGCAGGUGGAGAUCAUGUCUACCUCCAGAAUUUGGUGGGCAACCACCAAGAAGAUGGAAACGCACGCGGAGCGGUCAUAG